AUGUGGCCGGAUCAAGUUGCGGACGCCGUGUGCACUGGAUGUUUGUCUAAUCUACUCGUGGUAAGUCACAAAAAGAUAUUCUGUUGGUGUUAUCGGUCGGCCAAACUUCACCGUAAAAGCGUGAAAAGGCGUUUAGAUGGAUUUAAUGGAUUUAUUCUGAGAACAAUGUAGUAACAGUGGUACCUUUCACAAUAAUGAUGGUGAUUUUAAUAAGGUUCUGUCUUCGAUAUUUCGAUAAUUUUUGUUGACAGAUGCGACAGCUUCUUAGACAUCUUCUUGCAAAGCGGUAUAGGAUUCAAUUUGUUUUUACAUUCAGCUAAUCUGAAUUAAAAUUUUUGAGCUCAAUCUUUAGUGCCGGUUUGUAUAGGAGAAGCUGCGGAUUCUUGAUAAGAGUAGAAGAAGUUCUGAGAAUUCGCUGAAACUUUGUUAAAAUUCCAUUCCUGUUUCUCCCGUUAGCGUGAUCGUGUGUCCACUAACUGUCUAACUAAUAUUUGUUAGUUUUUUAGUGAUCAAUUUUUUUGUAGGUUCUAACCGUUCGUUAUGUUGAUAUGUUGACGGAUAUGUUGAUAGCACGACAAAAGCAGGUAAGUCUCUUUGAUUGUUACACGGAACGAUUCUGACAGGUACGCUUUUGAUCGCAUAUUAUUUUUUUUUUGUUGGCCAAUGCUCACCGUAAAAGCGUGAAGGCUUUUUCAGUUUAUGCCACCUUUUCUCUCAGUUUACUUACCAUGUUUAUCAAGGAUUACACUUUGUCUAUUACACGGAACGAUUGUGGCAGGUACGCUCUCAAUAACAGCAUUAAGAUGAAGCUCUGAUUAUUGUCAUGCCAUUCUAUUCGUUUGGUGGAUCGCUUUAAAUACAUAUGUAAUUGUGGACACCGUUGAAAAAAGAAGAUAAUGUAGUUUACUCGGUGAAUAACGAAAUACUGUUCUGAGUUUUGUCAUAUCUUAACCGAAAUUCCCCGUUAAAUCGUGAAAGCAUGUUCAAGCUUAGUGCUACUUCUGAGAACAGUCAUAUCCAGACUUGCAACAGGCCGUGCCAAAACGUGAAUUUCGCCUGACCGGUCAGUCUGCUGACUCUAACCGAAAAAUUAAAAAAGGUGUUCAAAAGUGGAUCGUAACACUGCCACUAACUUUUAGAGGCUUUUCCGCACUCUUUUUCCUUUUUUUUGUUGGUAAAAUUAGCUCCAAGUGUGAGUGUUCACGGCCAGAGAAAUCUUCGGCCCGCCUUUGCCAGAACCGUAAAAUUCACAGAAAAUAAUAGACAGCUGAUUUAAUGUGUGCUUAAAAAAAUAAAAUUGGAAAACAAGGAAUUAUCUGGAGAUGAUUGUGCAAUUUCAGAGAAUUUGCGCACGGAAAGCAUAAUUUCCUUCGUGUCUCGAAACAUUAGUGAGUUUACUCGGUAAGUCAAAAAUAUGAUUCUGGUUUUAGCGUGAAGGCGUUCUCUUAAAAGGGAAUGCGAAUAAUUUUAACUUGAUUCGGAGGGGAUGCAGGGUGUUUUUAUCACUCUCUCCAUUUCAGUUCAGUGCUAAGCUUAUGCUGA